UAAAACCACCUAAUCUAGCCUUACCAUAUAUGUGUUUUUCCUUAUUUUCUUUUGUUGCAAGAACACGGGCACAAUUUUAAUCAUAAACCCGGCCUUACAAAUCCGCUUGUAGUUUUGUGAUGUGGGGCGUGCGUGCCACACAUACUACUAACCCCUGGAUCCUCUGAAUAGGACCAUGAUUUCUGGGACGUUGUUGCUGGGGGGAAGGUGGUGUCUGGAACCUGUUGGAAAUGACAGCUGAAGAAGGUGGAUUGAAGCACAGGGAUCACAACUACAGUAACCGUAGAAGAUAGCGAAGAAACACUGUCGCAUCACCGUGUAAAGGGUGUGUGCGCCUUUUUGCGAUAUUUGACAGUUUUAGCCCGAGAGAUAAUGAUUUCACUGUGAUCCGCGAUUCGCAAGCUAACGAGACCCGAGCUGAAUGCAUGGUUGUAGCGAUGGAGUCCCUGAUGAGUGCGGUGGCACCACGUUCCCCAGCCCCUGCCAAGAAGCUGUCCGAGGUGGACUUCCGGUCAGGGGCCACCCUGGAACAGCUGUCGGCACAGGUGUCUGAGCUGGUACUACUGGAGCAGGGGGAGUUUGGCGAUCAAACUGCCUUAGAGGUCCACACAGCCAAGGACUUUAUCUUCAACAUGCUAGGCUUAGUCCAGAAGGUGGACCAGCGCCUCCCGGUGGCCAAUGAGUACCUGCUGCUGUCAGGUGGGGCCCGGGAAGGGGUCUUGGAUCUCAACCCUGAGGACCUGGGAGACUAUGUCAAAGGGGCCGACUUUGACCUCGACUUCACAUUGCUGGUGCCCGCCCUGAAGCUCCAUGAUCGCAACCAGCCGGUCACCCUGGAUAUGAGACACUCCCCACCCUGCCACUCGUGGCUCAGUCUCCGACUCUGUGACUCCAACAUCCUGUCUCGUUGGAGCAUCUGCUGCCAGGAGGAGAAUGAACUUCCACCUGAGGAAGAGGAGGAGGAGGAAGAAGGGGUAAUGGGUAAGGGCUCCAUCCCCUCCCUGGGCUCUCCUCAGUCUCUGGAUGGAUGCUAUUUCUCUCCCAGCCUGGUGACAGACUGGUUCUGGGGGGUGGUGAGCGAGGCCGUAGAGGAGCUGAGGCGCAGUCCCCAGAGAGGCAUCCCCACCCCGGAUCGACUAGAGAGGAAUGGACCCCUCACUACCAUCAUCCUACAGGCAGGCUCUAGCCGGGUGCUCUACGACCUGCUGCCUGUGGUGUCAUUUCGGGGCUGGCCUGCUGUGGCCCAAAGCUGGCUGACUGCCAACCACUUCUGGGAUGGUAAAAUCACAGAGGAGGAGGCCAUAUCAGGCUUCUACCUGCUGCCCUGCUGCUCCCCACUGGGUGGCCGGCCUGACAGGGAGUGGAGGCUCGCAUUCUCACGCAGCGAGGUUCAGUUGAAGAAGUGCAUCCCCUUCCCCAUGGCUCAGGCUUUCCAAGCAGCCAAGGCAGUGCUGUCUCGUAUCCUGGCCCGUCCUCGUGCAGGCCUCAGCCUCUAUCAUCUACGCACUCUGCUUUUCUGGGCCUGUGACCGACUUCCUGCUGCUUACUUGUGCUGCCCUGAUGCUGACACUCCUGGUCGCCUCUUCCUGGGUCUUCUAGAUGACCUGGCUCACUGCAUCCUGGGUAAAAACUGCCCAAAUUACUUCCUGCCUCAGUGCAACAUGUUGGAGCACCUGACAGACGGCCAGGCACUGCUUGUUGCCAGAAAGCUGGCCCAUAUGCGCUCAGAUCCCAGUGAGCACCUUCGGGCUGCUCUGGACCAAGCUCAGCAGGCAGGACAGCUGAAGAAGGAGCUAACAGCUAGCAUCAACGGUCAUGGAUCCCCCGGGCAUCACCCAGCCAAUGGCAUCAUCUCGCCUUCAGAGGAUAAGCUGGCGCAGCGGCUGCAACAGCUGGUCACGGAGAACCCUGGGAAAUCUAUAUCCGUCUUCCUCAACCCUGAUGAUGUCACUAGGCCACACUUUCGCAUUGAUGACAAGUUCUACUGAUGCAGACACACAGUAGAGAAGAUCUGUAGAAAUGUGUGUUAAGGUGACAAACACACUUUGCAAAUGUUCUGAGACACAUCAGAAACCCAGGCAGGUGUUUCUCUUCAGAACACAGCAGGCCUGAAACCGAACACACUCCUCCUGCUCAUCAUCGUUAGGCUGAACAGUGCAACACAGCCUUGCUGCUUGACUGACUUCAAACCAAAAACACACACGUCCUGCUACUGACUAAUGAAAUCCAGUUUAGCAGACAUUGCACAACAGAUGUGAUGUCACCGAGCUGUUGCCACGGAGACGGUCCUCGCCUAACGAGCUGGCCUUAACAAGACUUAUCAGCUGGUGCUACAAAGACGAGGGCCAGCUUUAUUCGUGUGAAAUAGGUCCAUUGGAGAUCAACGCGGAGAAUGUGUGUGUGUGUUCUGUGUGCACAUGUACACCUAGGUGUUUCAGAUAUUACACCUCUAAAGACAGAGGGAGAAAGGUGUCAUUGAUUGCUGCAUUUCUCCCCUUUUUAUUGCAGAUCAGAGUGGACAAUGGUUGAAUUAGAAAAGAAAACCAAGGUGUGGCUGAUGUAACUGAAUGUAAUGUUGUGAGCACUACUGCCAAGUCUCUUUUCUCUUCCAGCUACAGUUUAAUGCUCUUUUUUUUGACUCCCACGGCUCAAUUAACAGCAUCUUCUUCACUGUUUUCUAUCCUUCUCAGGUAUUCAUAAUACUUAUUUUAUUUUUAAUGUACAGUAUAUGAUCCCCUUUAACUAUAUUUCAUGCCACUUACAUUUCACUGGGUAAGGGAAUGUACCAAAGAGCAAAAGCAAAAACAUGCCUUGCAUAUCCCCAAACAUCACCACAUUUUCUCCUCUUGGUUACACUAGAAUUCAGAGGCAAUUUGAUGGAAAGUGCUCAUUAUCCAUCAUAGAGAUAUACGCUAUAUACAUCUACAAGUAAAUUUUAAAUUACAUACAGUAAUAGAUACUUCAACUACAUCAAAACGUCCACUUUAGUGUUCAGUUUGAGGACAGGACAGAAAUGGACUCAUCUCUAGGUCUCUAGGAUCUUUAGGUUUGCUACGAGUCAGCUACAGUCAGCUAAGAAUAUCCCUUCUGAAUUACCACAGUCAGUAAAGUUAGAUCUAAAUGAUUUAAGCAACUUUUUAGGCAAACAAAACAAGAAUGUAUGCAGAUAAAUGCAGUGCCUCUAUCUCCCCCUCAUGCAGCUCUUUCAUUUCCCUUCCUCAUCCUAUCUAGAUUUCUCCCCAGAGAGUUGGCAUCUUUCUGUCUUUCAGCAGUGAACCAUAAAAAAGCUUCUAAAACUUGGUACUACGCCAACUUUAGGUUUACAACCACACUGCUGCAGUGCCAGUCAGCCGAUUUGAUUACAAGCUGCAUAGUCAGUAAAUAGAGUAGCUGCAACAAGUAUAACCAGACAAGCAGUAGUGUUCUCCUUUCCAUUUGCAUUAGCGUUGUGGGUCUUGUUUGAACUUAAUCUGCAACUAACUGGGAGAUAAACUUGGAUUAAAUUGGAUUUACAAUGCACUAAAAUGCUUUUUCCAUUGUUGGUAUAUAGGCAGGUUACAAAACACUACAGGCAUGAUUGUUAUGAUUAAGUUUACGUAGAUAUUAAGGUGACGGGAGUUAGUUCUGUUCAUUUUUCUUUUUUAAGAUACUGGUGAAAUGUUUCUCACUCAAACAGGUGUAUGAAUGGUUCUGAGUCUGGCUCUACAAAUUCUAUGUGCUUACUACUGAAAGAAUGUUUUCUAGCGUCUGUCUGUAAUUGUUGUGCGAGUGUGUGCACAAAAUGGACCUGAGGAAAACCAAAGCGCGUUGUUGCAGGAUGUAUAGGCAGGGCGUGUAUUCAGCUGCCAGGCUUUAGAGAAUUGGGUGUUUUCAGCACUUUUCCAAUAUGGGCCAUGAUUGUCGUCACGCACCAGUUUUGAAGAGAAAAUCACAGCCAAUCAUCAGAAGGUAUAGGCAGCGUAAAGGUACUUUCUCAGUGUUUGAUGUUUGACAGAGAGUGUUGAAGUGCCAAAUGCGGCAGGUGUGUGUCUCACUGUGUACCUUAAUGGGCCUAGUUAGAGAUGACUAGACACUGGAUACAAUCUGUGAUUUUUUAUUUUUUUUCAAGCAUAUGAAAUCUUUGUGGAGAAUUAUCAAAUCCUGAUAAUUUUACGAUGUGGCUGUUUUUUGAUAUGCAAUGAAGCCCCCUAUGGAAAUGCCUACUUUAAGUUUAAGGGGUCACUAUCUGCUGUCCAGGGAUUGCAUUAAACACAGGUGACACUCCCAAAUAUCAGUCUUUGCUGUGCUCUACUGUGUUUAUAUUUUUGUGCUGAAACUUCUGGUGAUUCUACUUAAGAUUCAUUCAACUGCUGUGGAUAAAUAAUACACUAAAUAUGAUGAAUGUACCCACUGUAUCUCUCUAAUCAGUUCUCUACUUGAGAACACAGUAACCUUUUCACUGCUAUCUCAACAGAUGUACUCUGGUCUGCACUCGGUGCUGAAAUAAACAUCAGUACUGAAUCACUCCACAGUUUUUGAAAUUGAAUUUCAUAUCUCUUUGAUUACUUGAGUUCUUAUAAGUGCAAAUUAUUUUCUCUGUAUCAGCUGAUUUGCGGUAUUUAUUGCUGUUAUUUUCUGGGGGUUUAUAUUGAUCAGUUGUCAAGCUUUAGCAUGAAAUAAAUGACUAC